AUGGCUUCCCUGGCUAAAAAAAUCAGAAAUCACAACGUUUCAAUAUGGCGAAGCUUUGUCAAUGAUCCGGGUUCCACCAAAAACUCCAGGGGCCGCCGGUCCCAGAUUCUCGUACCAGGAGAACUCAAGAACGAUCCAAAAUAUGACAACCUUUCAAGAGUGUGGCUUGACUUGGGAAGGUAUGCGAGAGAUACCCUGGCUGCUCAGGACUCACAUCGUUUUGUUUUGGGGCUCACUCUCUGCGGGCCAUUCCUCCGCCUGUGGGAAUUCGACCGCAUGGGAGGGAUAGCAUCGGAGAGCUUUGAUAUCAACAUAGAUGGUCUCCGAUUCAUAACCAUCAUUCUUGGGUUCCUCCUGAUGAGCCCGGAACAGCUUGGAUUUGACCCCACCAUCAUCACUAUUGGAGGCCAACGUUACAUUGAGAUUGAGAAAGAUGGUGGAAAGGAAAGACUUGUUAUUGAUGGCGUAAUUGGGCGGGCGCGCUGUAUUGCCGGUCAAGCCACAACUUGUUGGAAGGUACAUCGCGAGGAUGACCCACGAACCCCGCUGGUGGCCAAGGACUCAUGGCAGUAUCCAGAGCGUGAUGAUGAAGGGGAGCUUUUGCGCGAAGCAGCAGAGAGUGGCGUCACCAAUUUUGCUAGGUACUACCACCAUGAGACCGUUCGUAUCGACGGCAAGAUCGAUAAAAUUUUGAGUAUUCGAAGAGACCUAAGCAUUCCGAUACUGAAAUCCGGACAGGGUAGCGUGAAGCCAACCACAAGCCGGAACAGGUCGCUCCUAGGGCGAAAGGACCAAAAUAGUGCUUCUGGACAGAAAAGGUCUUCUGACUGUGUGGAUAUCCUGCUUCCUCCUCCUCCCAGUAAACGUACCCAGUGCUCUUCUACCAAAUCCGGCGCAAACAGCACCCCACUAAAUCGAGUGCACCGCCGUGUAACUGUCCGGGACUAUGGGAAGCCAAUCUACGAGAGUAGCUCAAGGGUGGCCCUACUUGCUGGACUGUAG